AUGGCUGCUCCGCACUCCAAAAUUCCGGUUGCAGUCCAAAAGCUGAUCAUUGAUCUCAAGAAUGAUGGUAAAUGCUUGUCCGAAAUUGCCGGCAUAGUGAAACGCUCGCGUUCAUCGGUUCAGUAUGUGGUUGAGAUCUUCAAGAAGACAAAAUCCCUGGAGACUGCUCCCGGAAGAGGCCGCAAACCGAAGCUUACCGAUCGUCACAAUCGCAUUAUUCUUCGGGAAAUCAACGAGAAUCCUAAGGUGAGUGCUCCAAAACUUGCUGAUAGCCUGUCGCGAUACGCAAACGUCAAGGUCAGUCCACAAACAGUACGUAAUGUUAUCCAUGCAACAGGAUAUCGAGGCUGCGUUGCACGAAAAAAGCCAUUCAUCUCUGCCAAAAAUAUCAAGAAGCGACUGGAGUAUGCCCAAAAAUACGUGGUUGAACCAGAAGAAUUCUGA